AAACCUGAGCUACAACAAGUUGACGGAGAUUGAUCCCUCUGCCUUUGCAGGGCUGUUGGACCUGCAGGAAGUGCAACUGAACAACAACGAGCUGACUGCCAUUCCCUCCCUGGGACCUGCUGCUUCCAGCGUCCGCUCCCUCCUCCUGCAUCACAACAGGAUCCGCAGCAUUGAAGCAAGUCAACUGAAGCCCUAUGUUACCCUGGAAACGUUGGACCUGAGUUUCAAUGACAUCACGGAAAUCCGAAACGGCUGCUUUCCGCAGGGACUUCACAUAAAGGAGCUCUACCUGGGGAGCAACAGAAUCAGCACCCUGGAGCCUGGUGCUUUUGAUAGUCUGUCACGGUCCCUUCUAACACUUCGUCUGAGUAAAAACAGGAUCACUCAGCUUCCUGUCAAGGCGUUCAGGCUACCCAGGCUAACACAACUGGAGCUGAACCGGAAUCGCAUCCGCCUGAUUGAAGGCCUGACAUUCCAGGGACUGGACAGCUUGGAAGUCCUGAAGCUCCAGCGCAACAACAUAAGCAAAUUGACUGAUGGGGCUUUCUGGGGUCUAGCCAAGAUGCAAGUUCUCCACUUGGAGUAUAACAGCCUGACAGAAGUAAACAGUGGCUCGCUCUAUGGCCUUUCAUCUCUGCACCAGCUUCACCUCAGUAACAACUCCAUAUCCCGCAUCAACCCCGAUGGUUGGAGCUUCUGCCAGAAGCUGCAUGAGCUAAUACUGUCUUACAACAACUUAACCCGGCUGGAUGAGGGAAGCUUGGCAGACCUUGGGGGACUGCACGUACUACGACUGAGCCACAAUUCCAUCAAUCACAUUGCAGAAGGUGCCUUCAAGGGACUCAAAAACCUACGUGUCCUGGAACUGGACCACAACGACAUCUCAGGUACAAUAGAAGACACCAACGGAGCCUUUACAGGCCUAGAAAACCUAAGCAAACUAACUCUGUUUGGAAACAAGAUCAAGUCGGUGGCCAAGAAAGCGUUCUCAGGGUUGGAGGCUCUGGAGCACCUGAACCUGGGGGAUAACGCCAUCCGCUCCAUCCAAGCUGACGCUUUCGCCAAGAUGAAGAGCCUGCGGCAGCUCCACAUGAACAGCGACAGCUUCCUCUGCGACUGCCAGCUGAAAUGGUUGCCCCCGUGGUUAGCCGAGAAGGAGCUGCAGCCCUUCGUGGUGGCCACCUGCGCCCAUCCCGAGUCACUGAAAAGCAAAAGCAUUUUUGCCGUCCUGCCAGAAAGUUUUGUGUGUGAUGAUUUCCCCAAGCCCCAGAUCAUCAUCCAGCCGGAGACAACGGUGGCUGUGCUGGGGAAGGACAUCCGUUUCACUUGCUCGGCCGCCAGCAGCAGCAGCUCCCCCAUGAUGUUUGCCUGGAAGAAAGACAACGAGGUGCUGCACAAUGCCGAGAUCGAGAACUUCGCCCACGUGCGGGCGAAGGACGGUGAGGUGAUGGAGUACACCACCAUUCUGCACCUCCGGCACGUCACCUUUGCCCACGAAGGGCGUUACCAGUGUAUCAUCACCAACCACUUCGGCUCGACCUACUCCAGCAAGGCCCGGCUCACAGUCAAUGUGUUGCCCUCAUUUAUAAAAACUCCCCACGACAUCACCAGCCGGACAGGGACGACGGCUCGGCUGGAGUGCGCAGCCGAAGGACACCCCACCCCGCAGAUCGCCUGGCAGAAGGACGGCGGCACCGACUUCCCGGCGGCCCGGGAGCGCCGCAUGCACGUCAUGCCCGACGACGAUGUCUUCUUCAUUACGGAUGUGAAGAUAGAAGACAUGGGGGUCUACAGCUGCACGGCACAGAACUCUGCAGGGUCUGUGCUUGCCAACGCCACCCUGUCGGUGCUGGAGACACCAUCUCUGAUUCAUCCCCUGGAAGACCACGUGGUGUCAGUGGGCGAGACUGUGGCUCUUCAGUGCAAAGCCACGGGGAGCCCCCGGCCCCGCAUUACCUGGCUGAAGGGUGACCAGCCCCUCGUCAUGACGGAGAGGCAUCACUUCACCUCUGGCAACCAGCUGCUGAUUGUCAGGAACGUUGUCUUGGAGGAUGCCGGGAAAUACACGUGCGAAAUGUCCAACACGCUGGGGACGGAGCGCGCGCACAGCCACGUCAGCAUCUUACAGUCUCUGGGCUGCAGGAAGGACCGAACGACGGUGGGGAUCAUCACCAUUGCCGUGGUGUGUAGCAUCGUGCUGACCUCUCUGGUCUGGGUCUGCAUCAUCUACCAAACCAGGAAGAAGAGCGAGGAAUACAGCGUCACCAACACAGAUGAGACUAUUGUGCCUCCCGACGUGCCAAGCUACUUGUCUUCCCAGGGGACUCUCUCCGACCGGCAAGAAGCGGUGGUCAGGGUAGAUCUGAACCAGCAGCCGAACGGGCACGUAGACAGCAACG